AUGGCGGAUCGGCCGCCUGGUCGGCCGCUCCAGGGCGCGUUCCAGGACGAAGACGUGCAAAAGUUUCUAGCGUCACAGAAUACAUGCGAAGAGGACCGUAUCGAGCGCUUGGAGCGGCUCAAGAGCGGGCCGGUCCCGAAAACACGCUUCGACGUGCAGCGUGAGGCCAACGAGGCGCGUAGGAAACGCGACGAGGAAGAGAGCCGCGAGGCGUACAAAGAGCUCCUCCACGACCUCGAGACGGGCGACAAGAAGAAGGGCGUGCUCGGCACACAGCAGUUUGUAAAAAAGGGCGGCGAGGCGUACGUGCCGGCGCGGGCAACCCGCUCCGAGGCACAGGUGCCUGCGAAGCGCGCGCCGGCGCGUGUGCCGACGCCCGACCCGCCCCCCAAGGCGGCGAGAAAAGGCGCCUUGACCGACCUCUUGAGCGAGAUCCAGCGCGACCAAGCGGCGCGUGCCGAGCGCCCUGGUCCUCUGUACACCGAUUCGACGAAUCUGUGCGUCCAGGGCCUUUCUGAGAGCGUGACCGAGGCGGCUCUAGGGCGCUACUUUGCGCGCUGGGGCGACGUCGGUACGACCAAGGUCCUCCCCCCCCGCGACGCACGCCGAGGCCCGACGGGGUUUGUCGCGUACAUGACGCGCGCCGAGGCCGAGUCCGCGCUCGCCGGCGCCGACGGCCUUGUGUGGGACGCGGCGCCGCUCCGUGUAGCGUGGAGCAAGCCCGUGACGCUCCCUUUGGAGCCGUUAUACCCCCAGCGUGCCGAGGUGCGCCGUGCGCCGACGUCGCCGACGCCGGUGCGUCCCCGGAGUGCGCGGCCGCACUUUGAAGACAGCGCCGAGUUCCACGACGAGGGAUACGCGUCGCUCUACUCGACCGACUCGGAAGAGGCCCAAGAGACGGAGGCGUCGCGGCGCACGCGCCAAGCGACGCUCGGUCCCCUGGCGCGCCGCCGCCUCUUUUCGAUGCUGCGCUCACUCACGCCCCGCCGCGAGCGCAUCGCGCGGUGCAUGGCCCUUGCGCUCGCCAACGCCCACGCCGCCGAGGCGGUGGCGGCGGUGCUGGUCGACUCGCUGCUCGUCCCCUCGACGCCGAUACCCCGCAAAGUCGCGCGCCUGUAUGUCGUUUCCGACAUCCUGCACAACAGCGCGGCGUCUGUGCCGAAUGCGUGGCGCUUCCGCGAUGCAUUCCUUCCCCAUCUCUACCGCGUCUUUUCGCACCUGUCCGCGGUGGUGCACGCCGCCAGUUUCUCGCGGUGCUCGACUGCUGGGAUACGUGGCUUGUUUACCCCCCUUCUAUGA